AUGGCGAAUCUGCCGAAGCUGCGCCCGUGGCUCUGCUUGCUGGCGACAAUGGCGGCCGUGUCGGCGCCGUGGCCGCCGGCGGAUGCGCUGGGGAUGAACUGGGGCACGCAGGCCACGCACCUGCUGCCGCCCAAGAUCGUGGCGCAGCUCCUCAGGGACAACGGCAUCAAGAAGGUGAAGCUGUUCGACGCCGACCAGGAAACGCUCAGCGCGCUCGCCGGCACCGGGAUCGAGGUCAUGGUCGCCAUCCCCAACGUCAUGCUCGACACCAUGACGGACUACGACACCGCCAAGGAGUGGGUGCGCCGUAACGUGUCCCGCUACAACUUCGACGGCGGCGUCACAAUCAAGUACGUGGCCGUGGGCAACGAGCCGUUCCUUGCGGCCUACAACGGCACGUUCGACAAGGUGACGUUCCCGGCGCUGCAGAACAUCCAGAACGCGCUGAACGAGGCCGGGCUCGGCGAUACCAUCAAGGCCACGGUCCCGCUGAACGCCGACGUGUACAUGUCCCCGAAGGACAACCCGGUGCCGUCGGCGGGGCGGUGGCGCGCCGACAUCACGGACCUGAUGACGCAGAUGGUGCAGUUCCUGAGCAACAACAGCGCGCCCUUCACGGUGAACAUCUACCCGUUCAUCAGCCUGUUCCUCAACGACGACUUCCCCGUGAACUUCGCCUUCUUCGACGGCGACGCGACGCCGCUGGUGGACCCGGGCAACGGCGUGUCCUACACCAACGUGUUCGACGCCAACUUCGACACCCUGGUGGCGGCGCUCAAGUCGGUCGGGCACGGCGACAUGCCCAUCGUCGUGGGCGAGGUCGGCUGGCCCACCGACGGCGACAAGCACGCCACGAGCGCGUACGCGCAGCGUUUCUACAACGGCCUGCUUAAGCGUCUGGCGGCGAACGCCGGCACCCCGGCGCGGCCGAACCAGUACAUCGAGAUGUACCUGUUCGGGCUCCUGGACGAGGACAUCAAGAGCGUGGCGCCGGGCAACUUCGAGCGGCACUGGGGCAUCCUCCGGUACGAUGGGCAGCCCAAGUACCCGAUGGACCUGAGCGGGCAGGGGCAGAACACGAUGCUGGUGCCGGCGCGCGGCGUGGAGUACCUGCCCCGGACGUGGUGCGUCGUCAACACCAACGCCGGCAGCGACGCCAUGGAAAAGCUCGCUGACAACAUCAACUACGCGUGCACGUUCGCCGACUGCACCGCGCUGGGGUACGGGUCCACGUGCGGCGGCAUGGACAGCAACGGCAACGCGUCCUACGCCUUCAACGCCUUCUUCCAGGUGCAGAACCAGAAGGACGAGGCCUGCGGAUUCCAGGGCCUCGCCGUGCCCACGCAGACGGACCCGUCCACCACCACCUGCAACUUCACCAUACAGAUUGCCACCACCUCGGCGGCCCACCGGCGGCCGCUGGGAGUCGCCGUGUUCGUGCUGGCCCAGCUGGUCCUGCUCCUGCUCCUGCUCCUGCUGCAUUGA